UGAAAAACAAGAAACAAAACGUCACAGCUGACGAUAGCAGACCGUCAGACCGACUGGGACUGGGACAGGCUGAAGAAAUCGAGCAUUAUAAUCGUACGCAGCCAGCGUUCUCCAAAUUAAAGCUGCCGACUCACUUUAGUGCCGAAAGGCAACUAUGGCAGCCAAAAUCGAAUUUCUAAAUUCGCUGCCACCAACUGACCCUCAGAAGCACCCAGUUCUGAUUGUUGGGCAGACGAAGCAUUUGAGUAAACUCACAUUCAAUGAUGUCAGAGCCAAGCUGGAGCCGAGAGUCACCGAUCAGGUGUUCUCCUCUGCUAUAGCGAGUUUGCACCCAUCACCAACUGACUCUUGUCCACUCUACUUGAACCUGGCCGUUGUGGCUGCUCUGCCUGUCAAGUGCAGCCGCCACAACACGCCUUCGAGGGUGCACGCGCUCACCAAACUGGUCAAAAGCAGCUCCGUCGGGGUGGACGAGACAAUCCUGAUUGCUUGCGAGAGAAGUGACGUGUACGCAUCCGCUUGCGCUGUCGCUCGAGCCUAUCCGCUCUACUCGAGGAAAACGUCGAGCAACGCCGGUACCGGAACGCCGCCCACUGUGUCUGUCUACUUCUUGAUUGUUUCCGACGACUCUCCCUCGGUUGAGGUGCCCUUGCUGUCCUCGGAGAUUGCUUGUCUCCAGAGUGUCUCCUAUGGAGUUAGGCUGGCCGCUAAAAUUGUGGACAUGCCAUGCAAUGAAAUGAAUGUCAGCCACUUCCUAAAGGAAGUGAAAAGCAUUGGAGAUCAGGUUGGCGCCAAGUUGACAGUCAUCCGAGGCGAGGAGCUAAAUGAACGUGGAUUUGGAGGAAUUUACGGCGUUGGCAAAGCAGCUGCUGACCCUCCAGCCUUGGCUGUGCUCAGCCACUGUCCCGAAGGCGCCACUGUGGACGUCGCUUGGGUCGGCAAGGGAAUUGUCUACGACACUGGUGGCCUGAGCAUCAAGGGAAAGACAGCCAUGCCUGGCAUGAAGAGAGACUGCGGAGGCGCGGCUGCGGUCCUCGGCGCUUUUUACACUGCCGUGAAACAAGGCUUCAGCCAGAAUCUUCACGCUGUCUUCUGCAUGGCUGAGAAUUCCGUCGGACCUCUCGCCACAAGACCUGAUGACAUUCAUACCCUCUACUCAGGAAGGACUGUGGAGAUCAACAACACAGAUGCCGAAGGACGGUUGGUACUGUCUGACGGAGUUUCCUAUGCUCAAAAGGAUUUGAAAGCGUCCAUCAUCAUCGACAUGGCAACCUUGACUGGUGCCCAGGGUAUCAGCACUGGCAAGUACCACGGUGCCAUUCUCACCAACAGUGAGGAUUGGGAACAAAUUGGCGUGGAAGCUGGCAAGAAUUGCGGAGACCUGCUUUUUCCGAUUCCUUUCUGCCCAGAACUGCAUUUCAGCGAGUUUGCCUCUGCUGUCGCUGAUAUGAAGAACUCGGUUGCUGAUCGUAACAAUGCCCAGGCUUCCUGUGCUGGUCUCUUUGUUGCGUCCAACCUGGGAUUCGAUUGGAAUGGAACUUGGGUGCACAUCGACAUGGCCUACCCAGUUCACAGCGGUGAGCGAGCUACAGGCUACGGCGUGGCUCUUCUGACCGCUAUGUGUGGUCACUUUUCCACGGAUGCAACCCUUCUUGCGCUCAGCCCAAACAACACAAGCAGCGAGGACGAAGCCAAAGCUCGCAAGAAGCAGCGCCGCAACUAAAGGUUUUUAUUCCAGGCUCGAAUAGGAUUUCGUAAAUAAAAUAACACUGAAAGAAACAGUCAUUUUUUGUGCUCGAAAUGCUUUCUGCCAGUAUUUUAUAAAUUUUAUUUUGGACAUUUUUAAAAUAAAUUAUAAAAUUUUGGUUCUUAAACCUCAA